AUGGCCGGCGGUCAUUUGCGACGACAAUAUGGCACCGGGGGACGUGUUGGGAACUCGUCCACAUGGGAAAUCAACUCUGGUCUUACUGAUGGGCGAGGAUCUGGUCUUGUAAGAAACUUGAAGCUUGAACAAUGUCUUGACCCUGCUAACUCGACAAGUCGCUGGGCGCAUGCCGCAGACAUGAGGGAGUACGACCCUUUCACGCCCUACACGCACGAAGAGGUUAUCGAAAUCACGCCAGGACUUGGUGAUGCAUAUGAGAUGGCGAGCAAAGCACUUGAUGAGCAUAUGGGCAUUGAUCAAUGGCGAAAGCAACUGAUGAAUCUAGCCAACGAGGCUUCGGGCUCGGACACUAACAUGAACGACUCGGGCGAUGAUUCAGACUCAGAUCCAGAAAUGAGACAGGCUCUCCGGCAGAGCCGCAAAGAAUUCUAUGGUAAUCGGUCGAAAGGGCGAAUUGCGAACAGCUUCUCACAUCCACCGACUUCAUCACAGUCGCCAUCAAAACCUGCGCGGUUCCCAGCCAAUCGUCGCGUUUCUGUCGUCUCCGGCUCCAGCAGAGCUCCAGAUACGAUCUUGAAUGCAUGGGAAGCACCGUCGAGACCUGCCGCCAGCUCAUCGCAGCCCUCAAGAGACCAUGGACAACUUCAGGCCGUACCAUCCCCACAAGAUCGGUUGAAUAUGCGCAGAGACACGCCAAUAGACCUAACGGACGACAGCAGCGCCCAUAACUCGACUGAGGUAAGAACGGCCGAAUCGAGACAGAGACACUUUCAACAGAUAGGCUUCCUCGACCAUCAGCUCGGUGGCGUGGGACGUGGUCGGAAAGAACCAAUCAGCGAUACCAUUGAGGGUGAGCUUUCCGAAAGCAAGGAAUUCGUACAAGUAUUGGUCGGGCCUGACCAAGAAGUCUACAACCUGCAAAUAUCGUGUCUGUGGGACCGUCCAUACUUCAGAGACUCCAAGCAGGGCCUCCUCCUGAUCGACCACAAUGACGCCGGGAUGUGGGAGCUCAAACACCCUGCUCUUGUCGACAUCAACCCGGAAGAUUUCACAUUCAUCGCAGAAUAUCUAGAAAGUGAUGGAUUUGGUCAUCGGAACCCGCAAGAGGGUGAGGAAACGAACGAAGCCUUUGCACAAUGUGUUGCAGCAUGGAUCACCGCGGAAAAGUUAGGCAUGUGGGACAUGCUGGAACAUGUCGCUGAGAAGCUGAAGGGCAUACAACCAGGGAUGUUGGAAGUCUUGGUAUUCUGUCGACAUGUUUAUGCAGAAGACGCAACCUCCCUUUCCCAGGACGAUGUCAGGGACUACUUGGCCGUAUACAUUGUGGAGCAUUGGUGGACAUAUUGGGGGGACGAUCACCUGAGACCAAACUUCAUGGAGCUGCUGCAACAGUUCCCACAGCUGGAUAGAGACGUUAACGAGCGAAGGGGACCGGUGUUGGAAGAACGCAUUGAUCAGAGUCAAGAUUACAGCGAUGCUGACAUGGACUGA